UGCGGCAGCACGGUUCUACUUCCCCAUGAAUUGGCCCGGUCUGUCUGUCUGAUCGUGACGUGUGUUACCUCGAAUUAUACAGGUUACUAAAUAUGAAGUUAUCCGGUUUUGUUGCAGAUAAUAUGCAGUGAUACGCGGGAGAGAAAUCAGCGCGCAAAUCGAGUCGUAUCGGUGUUUCAGAAGAAAUAAUAAUGCCUCGCGCGGUUGGCAGAAGAGAUGGUGGGGCUAACAGAAAUGUGAUGUGUGUCUUGUUUCCGCUCACCGCCGUGUUUUUGUUUUUGUCGGUCGGUGUUACUGCUAUUCAAGAGGAGCAAAAAUCUGUUCCGGAACAGCCCCCACAAGAGAAAGCCUCCAGUGCCCAGCCACCGGGCCCAGUGGUUUCUGAAGAUGUCUCCACCAAAGGGAACCUGGGCUUCAUUCAUGCCUUUGCCGCCUCUUUAUCUGUCAUCAUUGUCUCUGAGUUGGGAGACAAGACCUUUUUCAUUGCUGCCAUCAUGGCCAUGCGCUACAACCGCCUCACCGUGCUGGCCGGAGCUAUGCUGGCCUUAGGGUUCAUGACUUGUCUUUCUGUACUGUUUGGCUACGCCACUACCAUCAUCCCAAGAAUCUACACAUACUAUGUAUCCACUGCUCUGUUUGCCAUCUUUGGCAUUCGCAUGCUUAGAGAGGGGCUAAAAAUGAGUGCAGAUGAAGGUCAGGAGGAGCUGGAGGAGGUGCAGGCGGAGAUCAAGAAGAAGGACGAAGAGCUCCAGCGGACUAAACUCGCUAAUGGGACUGCAGAUGUGGAGGCUGGAACAGGGACUGCUGUUCCUCAGGGAAAGUGGCACAGCUUCAUCUCACCCAUCUUCAUCCAAUCCCUCACCCUCACUUUCCUCGCAGAGUGGGGGGACCGAUCGCAGCUAACUACAAUUAUUCUAGCUGCCCGGGAGGAUCCAUUUGGAGUUGCAGUGGGCGGUACCAUUGGACACUGUCUGUGCACAGGACUGGCUGUGAUAGGAGGGAGAAUGAUUGCCCAGAAAAUAUCUGUUAGAACAGUUACAAUCAUUGGGGGAAUUGUUUUUCUGGCAUUUGCCUUGUCUGCCCUGUUCAUCACACCAGAAGCUGGACUUUAAAUUGGGGAAAGACUUUCAGGUUCACUCUGUAAAUACUUGUAACAUUUAGUCAAGUUGCUGUAGAUAAACUUUAGUUUCGACCCUCUAAGUCUGAAGGACUCAAAAGAGAGCUGAAGUCCUGUCUUCCUUUCCUCGAACAUCUCUGUUCCUUUGUGAUCUGUGAAUCAGUUGGAUUUCUCACAGAGGUUAAUUAACAACCUUUAGAUGGCAUCCAAACCUCAUGGGAAAUGUGUUUGUUGACUGCUUAAAAGGUGUGUUGCAUCUUCAUCUAGUCUGAUGAAGGAAAGACUGAAUCACAGAGGCCUGAUUAACAGGUGCGAGCUUAGAAAGGAGGGAGGACUUCCUCACACUCUUUAAAACUUGUAUUCUUUUCACACGGUGUGUGAGAGAAAACUAGAUUGUUGCCGAUUGCUGUCCUAUAACGUUCUACAGGUGGCUCAGAAACUGAAGCCAAUUUUUCGUCAUAGUAACAUCUCAGCAAGGCACUUAGUCCAUUUUAAAAAUCUUUUUCUUUUCUUAUGUUUUUAAUGUUUAUUUUAAAUGUUAAGCAUGAGCCCCUGUGCAGUCAGGUGACUGUUGGCAGAAUAUGAGCCGCCAGGUUCCUCGCAAGUACAGCAGUUGAGGCUGGUAUUACUGUCGUUUCCAUCUGUUAUUAGCUUCUUUUUUCUUUUUUUUUAAUGCACACCUUACAGAGGUGCAUGUGAGAAUGCAGUCAGAUCCUCUGUCAGAUUGGACCAGUGUGCAAAUGGUACAGCUAACAUCACACACUAUCCAGAUAGCUCCCUUGCCGUUACCACACAGAUUAUUUCCAAUGGUGUGAACAUGUCUCAAGAGUACUAUUUACUGCUGCUACAUGUCAGAUGUGGGACAGCUGUAGAGCACAUCCCCGCCUGGUGUUCUGCAGAUUGUCAAAGAGCUUGUUUACAUCAGAGGAAAAAAACUAAAACCAGAACCAGCUGCACAUUUAUAGCAACAGUUUCUGUGAUCUGACUUACACUGAGAUUUUUUUUUUUUUUUUUUUUUUUUUUUUUAAAACAAGAUUUUUUCCCCUAGUUUCACAUAAGAGCAGUCCUUUACAGAGACCUGAACCACUAGAAUACCUCUACUUACCUGUAUUUGAAUGUCAGCGUCCUGGGCUUAUCUACAGUUCACGUGAACCUCUUCAGAAAUGAUUAUCAUAUUUACUCAUAUUGGUGUCGGACGCUAACGGCAAACAAGACGUGGGAUUAGGUUGAAGAAAAGGCCAGUAGUCACCCUGACAGGUUGAGUCUUCCUCUGCGAUUAAAGCCAUUUCCAGCAUGAACCUCACAAUUACUGACAGAUUGUAAAGAGGACUACAUCAGGUACAAAAAUUAUUUAUCCUACACAAGACUUGCAGUAGAAGCCACUUCUCAUAGCUGUGUUGGAUCUGCCGUGACAGCUUGACCUAACUUAAUUUAGACCUAAAUUUCACCCUUUAUUUUAAACGGUAUGUAUUUAUUUAGCUUCCUUUUCUUUUUCCUUUCUAGGCAUAUGUAUUGACAAAGGGUGGAUGAGAUUACUGUACAAGCAAUGGAAAUAUUUUUUUAAGUGAACAGGCUAAAGCUGUGUUGUCAAUAUUUGACAGGCUGUGAACUACUUCUGUUUGUCAUACAGGUUCUUUGAAAUGCCUGUAAAUCUUUAAAAAAUGAUCAAUAAAAGAAGUUUAAUGUGUUGUCUGAUUUCUAAAACAA